CCUCCUCCACCUCCUCCUCUUCCUCCCCUUCUCUUCUUCCUCCUCAUCCUCCUCCUCCUCCUCCUCCUCCUCCCACGCAUCCUGCUCUCCGGGCCCAAUGAAGAAGACCAACAUGUGGUUACUGGAUCGGCUGCGGGGCUCCAUGGAAAAUGGCCGUGGGGGGGACUCGGGUGACAGAUCCUCCAAGGGGCCGCUAUACAGCAACGUCCUGACCCCGGACAAGAUCCCAGACUUCUUCAUCCCCCCCAAGUUCCCCACGGGGCCGCCCGAGGGCGAGGGGGCGGGGGAGAGCAAGGGGGCGGGGGCAUCGGCUCCUCCCCAGCCCCUGGGCACGUCUGCCUCCGAGCAGAACCUGGCGCGGGGGAGUGGGGCCCAGCGCAGCCCCCGGUUGUCGGCCAAGGUGGCGGCGGAAAGCAGGAACCUGCUCAAGGCCGCCAGCCGCCACAUCAUCCAGAUCGAGAGCGCAGAGGACUGGGGGCCCGAGGAGGCCUUUGGCACCAACGUGGACCCGCAGGCUCAGACGGCCAUGUCCCUGCCCUACGUGCCCAAAGCCCAGACGUCCUACGGGUUCGCCACCCUCAUGGAGAGCCCCCAUACCCGGCGUAAGGAGUCCCUCUUCCACAGCGAGCACGGCAGCCUGGCCCAGGCCACUUCGCCUGGGGCCCAGCGGCGGGCGGGUGGCAAGGUGAAUGGGGAGGGCGGGCAGCUGACCCCAGCUGACGUGGGCAUGUCGCUCAUGAACCCCUACCGCUACUUCAGCGGCGGGGAGAGCGACACGUGCUCCUCGGCCGAGUCGUCCCCCUUCGGCUCCCCGCUGCUCUCCCGCUCCGUCUCCCUCCUCAAGCUCUUCAGCCAGGACAGCCAGGCCAAGGUCAUCAAGCUGAAGCACUCGGUGGGCCGCCACAGCUCCCUGUCCACCGACGACAGCUCGGCCGACACCAGUCCCAGCUCCCAGCGGCGCGCCCGCUGCGCCACCCCGCCGGGGGGCCCGGCCCAGGCUCCGCCAGCCCCGGAGCCUGGCCAGGUGCACCAUGGAGAACACACGGUGCGCCUGACCAAGCGGGGGAGCCUGCGGCUGACGGCCGAGUACGACCCGUCGCAGGCGCGGCUGCGGGUGCGGGUGCUGGCGGCCGAGGGGCUGUACGACCGGCUCUUCGACGCGCGGAGCAUCAACUGCUGUGUGGGGCUGUACCUGACCCCGGGCAAGCUGCAGAAGCAGCGCAGCACCAUCAUCAAGAACAGCCGCCAUCCGGUCUUCAACGAAGACUUCUUCUUUGACGGGCUGGGGGCCGCCAGCGCACGCAAGAUGGCGCUCAAGGUCAAGGUGGUUAAUAAGGGGGGCAGCCUCAAGCGGGACACCCUGCUUGGUGAGAUGGAGAUGCCUCUCACCACCCUGCUGCCCUUCUUAUAAGAGAAGCACCCCUAGCCCUCGCCCCGCCCCUGCCUACCCCUCACUUGGGGCUGGCUUGAGGGGAAGAUGGAAGCUGGCCAUGGCCAGGGGGGGGGCGGGGGGUGUUGGCACGGGAUCUGCUGCCCAGGACGCACCUGGGUGGGGGCUCCAUUUGAUGCCCCCUUUUUUUCCAUCUCCGCCCCGGCCGGGCUGCCUUGGGGAAGGUGGGGAGGGAUCCACCCCGGCUGGCUACCAAUG